AAUCCCAACAUAAUCUCCCUCGCUCUUAUAUCUUCAUAAGAAAACAUCAAACCAAUUAAGAACCUGCAUAUAGUGAAUCAAGAGCAUACCAUAUAACUCAAACACCUUAAGGAUCAUUGGUGCUAGUUAUGGAGAACGAUAUAUGCAAGAAAGGAUCGCCAUCAAUGUCAAGGAACUCAUCGACCGGAUACUACUAUCAGCGUAGGUCGGAGGGUGUUCCGUUCAAGUGGGAAAUGCAGCCAGGGACUCCAAUUAAUACUCAUACGGUGAAGACUGUUCCUCCGCUCAGUCCUCCUCCGGCGAUGCUCAGCCUCGGCUUCCCCAAGCCAUCCAUCUCCGUAGAAGAGCCAAAGAACUAUGUGUUUCCAGGGAAGCUGAAGCUGCGGAAAUGGAAAUAUAUUCGUUACAAGAAAUAUUUCUCUAGAUUGGCUAACAAAAUGGUUUUGCCUUCGAUUCGUUUGUAUCCUGAGAAACGGUAGAUGGUCACAAAUGAAUAUCAUAUGAAAAUAGACCGUGUUAAUAUCUUA